GUUCAAGUGAAAUCCGAUGUUAUAUGCUUAUUUUAUGGCAUUGAUAUUUUUAUGAUCAGUUUUCAAAUUACAUUAAUUAAUUGGCAAAUAAUAGAAAGCUAAUUGCAAAUGCAAAUGUUAUAAGAGGAGUUUUUCAGAAGAGCAAAGUCAUAAGCGUCCUCAUGCCGGAUGUGCGCGAGCUUUGACAAUAGCGAUGAAAAUAGAAAACGCAAGAAAGCGCACGGCGGUGACGAUCACACCAUCCAAUAUAUUCAAUAUCCUGGUUAUAACUCAAAUGACCAAUACCAGGAAAUCACCGACGAACAAAAUCGUGAAUGUCCUCAUAUCGGAUGCAAUGCGAGCUCUGAGAAUCGCGAUGUAUAUAGAAAAUGCAAGAAAACGCACGACGAACCAUUCACUUACAAACACAAACGAUCCGAUUGUGGACGAACUUUCAACCAUUCAUCGUUUGCCUCUUACAGUGAAACACAUCAACCUAAACACCAAUGUGAAAACUGUAACAGUCCUUCAGCAACAAGAGCAACUUGAAAAGAUGCAUGAAGAUGUACUCCGGAACAUUUCGUUAGUUUCGCAAAUUUAA